GCUCCUGUCCACAUUUAUACAGGAAAUAGCCGCAAAAUAGCCUCUAGUUUUAAGUGAGAGUUCUCCUGUUCGGAAGGACGUCCUCCUCCUCUGCUAGAAGAUGGCUUCCAACAAGAAGAUCAUCCUCAACACGCUGGAGAAUCUUUCCAAGGCCAACUUUGAGAAGUUCUGCCAGGCCCUGGUGGACCGCCGCGGGGACCGGAGAGUCCCGCUCAGCAAGGUGGAGGGAAAGAACUUUCUGGCGGUCACCAACGUGCUGGUGUCUACCUUCACCGAAGCAGGAGCUCCGGCGGUCACAUCGGAACUCUUGAGGGACAUCGACUGCUUGGACGACGCAGAAAAUCUUGAUGCCAAGUGCAUGGUUAUUGCAAGACGCCCGGCUGGAGGCGCAGAUGGCGUCAGUACAGGGUCAAGCAUUGACAACGAGGAUUUAAGCAAAGGACAGCACUUUGUGGAUAAACACAAGUUGGAGCUUACCAAGAGAGUGACCAACAUUAGUGCCAUUCUGGAUCAACUCCUGGACAAGAAAGUCAUCCAGGCUGAAGUCUACGAACUGAUCCUGAGGAUGAACGUCAACCAACAAAAGAUGAGGGAAAUUUACUUGCGGGCUCUCCAGUCCGGCGACAAGGCCAAGGACGUCUUCUUAGAAAUCCUGGAGAAGGAGGAGCCUUACCUGGUGGCAGACCUCAGGCAGAACAAGUAGAGCCAGCUACCUGUUCCUGUGGUAAUGCUAGGCAACGUUUUCUCUGCUCUCUCUUUUAGAUCCGGUCCGUCUCUCCUCUGAUCAUUUUAUACGGCGACUAACUACAGUAGUACUUCAACUCACAAGCUCAAAUGUUUCUAUCAUCGAUAUUCGAAACAACGGAAUCUUAAAUCAGCGUCGCCCAGUAAAAUUAACUUAAACCAAACUCAUCUGUGUUUGGUCCUCACGAAAAUUCCAUCAUGUAGCACGCCUUUUAAAAAAGAAAACCAACUUUUUGAUAAUAAUUGUUGUAUGAAAACCAAAACAAUUGUAGUUUUGUGAAUGUAAAAUUGUGCAUUAUCACUUGGGCUUCACUUGACUGCUGUGGACUUUGGACUGCUCCUCCACAGUGUAACAAAGGAUAAUUGUUAUUGUUCGUGUAGCACACCUACUUAUUUAGGUGACGGACCGCAGAGGUCAAAGGCAACAAGAAGUGAUAUGUACAGUGGGGCAAAAAAGUAUUUAGUCAGCCACCGAUUGUGCAAGUUCUCCCACUUAAAAUGAUGACAGAGGUCUGUAAUUUUCAUCAUAGGUACACUUCAACUGUGAGAGACAGAAUGUGAAAAAAAACAUCCAGGAAUUCACAUUGUAGGAAUUUUAAAGAAUUUAUUUGUAAAUGAUGGUGGAAAAUAAGUAUUUGGUCAACCAUUCAAAGCUCUCACUGAUGGAAGGAGGUUUUGGCUCAAAAUCUCAUGAUACAUGGCCCCCAUUCAUUCUUUCCUUAACACGGAUCAGUCGUCCUGUCCCCUUAGCAGAAAAACAGCCCCAAAGCAUGAUGUUUCCACCCCCAUGCUUAUCAGUAGGUAUGGUGUUCUUGGGAUGCAACUCAGUAUUCUUCUUCCUCCAAACACAACGAGUUGAGUUUAUACCAAAAAGUUCUAUUUUGGUUUCAUCUGACCACAUGACAUUCUCCCAAUCCUCUGCUGUAUCAUCCAUGUGCUCUCUGGCAAACUUCAGGCAGGCCUGGACAUGCACUGGCUUAAGCAGGGGGACACAUCUGGCACUGCAGGAUUUGAUUCCCUGUCCUUAAAGUAACCUUUGUUACUUUGGUCCAAGCUCUCUGCAGGUCAUUCACCAGGUCCUCCCGUGUGGUUCUGGGAUUUUUACUCACCGUUCUCAUGAUCAUUUUGACUCCACGGGAUGAGAUCUUGCGUGGAGCCCCAAAUCGAGGGAGAUUAUCAGUGGUCUUGCAUGUCUUCCAUUUUCUGAUAAUUGCUCCCACAGUUGAUUUUUUCACACCAAGCUGCUUGCCUAUUGUAGAUUCAUUCUUCCCAGUCUGGUGCCGGUGUACAAUUAUUUUCCUGGUGUCCUUCGACAGCUCUUUGGUCUUGGCCAUAGUGGAGUUUUGAGUCUGACUGCUUGAGGCUGUGGACAGGUGCCUUUUAUACAGAAAACAAGUUCAAACAAGUGCCAUUAAUACAGGUAACAAGUGGAGGACAGAAGAGCUUCUUAAAGAAGAAGUUACAGGUCUGUGAGAGCCAGAGAUCUUCCUUGUUUGAAGAGACCAAAUACUUAUUUUCCACCAUAAUUUACAAAUAAAUUCUUAAAAAUUCUUACAAUGUGAAUUCCUGGAUUUCUUUUUUUCACAUUCUGUCUCUCACCGUUGAAGUGUACCUAUGAUGAAAAUGACAGACCUCUGUCAUCAUUUUAAGUGGGAGAACUUGCACAAUCGGUAGCUGACUAAAUACUUUUUUGCCCCACUGUAUGUCUCACUGGGGCCCGGUGAGCAAGGCACGAACGUUCCCACAUCCGGCGGUUGGGGGGCAGGAUUGUGUCGAUCUCUAGACAGUAUUUACUUCAAAAAGUGGAGGCUCGUAACUCAAAAGAGCUGAGAGAGCUUGUAUAUUAAAAUAUUGGUAAGUUGAAGUAUUACUGUACUACUAAUGCUAUACAGAAACGGGUAUUUAUCACUCUUUUUAGAACCUCCUCUUUUGUGUUUUAUGCGCCAUUUUCUUUUACACAAAUUCUUAGUGUUUUAAUGAUGCCUGUCAACCUUACCGUUUUUGCUGAGAAAUCCAGUUUUUGUCCUUCAUCCCGUUCCCGUUUCCUUACUUCAGGGAUGCCAACUGCCGCAUGGGUCAGCUGGAGUGGGUCAGAGCGAGAGUAGGGUCAACUGGGUUUCGAAGUUGGUAGCAAACACGUGAGGGGCUUUUGACCAAUCAUUCAGGAGAUCUUUACGCCAUACUCACGCUUUCACAGGUUGCUAUGCUACCUUCUUUGAAACCGAGUUGGCCACACUCGCUGGAGUGGAUAGUGCAGUGGUUAGUAAUACUUUCUUGUAACACAAUGGACCUGACUUCAAGUCUGCGACUGUGUUUUUUAAUUGAUUUAACAGCUUUUUGUGAGGAAAAUGAAAAUCCCUUAUUUUUACCCAUUUUCCAGAGAAAUUUCCCAUGUUUUGAAAUGCAAAUGUUGUCAGGUAUGGCUUUAACCUGCAUUGCUUUGCUUAAUAAUUAAAAGGAUAUUUCCUAAUGCAGGGGUCUCCAAACUAUGGCCCCACGUCUUAAAAUUGCAUUAAUUUUAAAAGUCUAACAUUUUAAAAUUAAUGUCAACGACCUUUAAUUAUGCACCGAAUCCGCAGCACUCAUUUAUAUGACCCAAUAUAUAUAAAAAAAAAAGAAGUGCAUUCACCAUAAAAAAUUAAAAAUUACAGCCAUUACAAAAUUAUUCGUGUUUGACGCAUUUUAGCUGCUUGAUAUUUCUGGUUGAUUGCAAAACUUUAAGGAGUUUGUCACGGAUGUAAACAAGGUUGGAGUCCAACUUUCACAUACUCUCAAUAUCCAAUUAUAUUAAUUAAAUAUACAUUAUAUUAUUAUUAUAUAUAUACAUAUAUAUGUGUAUAGGCUAUGUAUAUAUACAGGUAUAUAUAUGUGUGUAUAUAUAUAUAUAUAUAUAUAUAUAUAUAUAUAUAUAUACACAGGGAGAGGGAGAGCCUAUACACAGACAUAUGUGUGUAUAUAUAUAUAUAUAUAUAUAUAUAUAUAUAUAUAUAUAUAUAUAUGCUUCACGGUGGUAGAGGGGUUAGUGCGUCUGCCUCACAAUACAAAGGUUUUGAGUAUUCAGGGUUCAAUCCCGGGCUCGGGAUCUUUCUGUGUGGAGUUUACUUGUUCUCCCCGUGAAUGCGUGGGUUCCCUCCGGGUACUCCAGCUUCCUCCCACUUCCAAAGACAUGCACCUGGGGAUAGGUUGAUUGGCAACACUAAAUUGGCCCUAGUGUGCGAAUGUGAGUAUGAAUGUUGUCUGUCUAUCCGUGUUGGCCCUACGAUGAGGUGGCGACUUGUCCAGGGUGUACCCUGCCUUCCGCCCGAUCGUAGCUGAGAUAGGUGCCAGCGCCCCCCGCGACCCCAAAAGGGAAUAAGCGGUAGGAAAUGGAUGGAUGGAUGGACCUUUAAUUAUGCACUAAAUCCGCAGCAAUUAUUUAUAUGACCCAAUGCUAACAACCUUCCCUAGUCAUGUGGCAAAAAAAAAAAUCUAACCAACACGAAAUAUCAACAGACAUGGUCAUUGAACUUUGUGGAUAUUAUUAAAAAAAAGAAGAAGUGCAUUCUACAUAAAAAAAAAAAAUUACAGCCAUUACACACUUAAUCGUGUUUGACGUAUUUUAGCUGCUUGGUUUUUCUGAUUGAUUGGAAAACUUUAAGGAGUUUGUCACGGAUGUAAACAAGGUAGGAGUCGAACUUUCACAUACUCUCAAUAUCCAAUUAUAUUAAUUAAAUAUACAUUAUAUUAUUAUUAUAUAUACAUAUAUAUGUGUAUAGGCUAUGUAUAUAUACAGGUAUAUAUAUAUAUACAUAUACUGUACAUAUACAGGGAGAGAGAGAGUCUAUACGCAGACAUAUAUGUGUAUAUUAGAGAUGCGCGGUUUGCGGUCUCAUCCGCGGAUAAACCGCUGGUCGGGCGGGUGACAUGACGAAAAAAUAGAUUUUAAUUAGAUCCGGGCGGGUGGCGGUUGAACCAUCCGGAAAUAUUUGAUAUACAUAGUUAUGGGAUCGGAAUCCUUCAAAGAGCCAUUUAAGACCCGUGUCACAAAGCAAAGGAGACAAUAGGAGACGCUAAUAUUCUCUGGAAUGACUGCCGGUAGUCACCCAGAUAAUAAGUAUUAGGGCGUGCUAUGAAGCCAUUGGCUUUGUCGCCUUCAACAUGUUCGAACCGUUUGUCGGUCCAGCAUCAUGUUGUGUGUGGCUUCCUCAGCGACACGCACACGACUGCAAGGCAUACUGGGUGACACAGAGUACACUAAUGGUUGUGAUAUAAACAAUUUUAACACUCUUAGUAAUAUGCGCCACGCUGUGAAGCCACACCAAACAAGAUUGACAAACACAUUUCGGGGGAACAUCCUCCCAGUAACACAACAUAAACCCAACACAACAAAUACCCAGAAUCCUUUGUAUCCAUGACAAUUCCUGACAAUUUUAUACACCCCUAGCAGCAAUAUAUAUAUAUAUAUACAUAUAUAUAUAUAUAUAUAUAUACAUAGUAUAUAUAGAGAGAGCCUAUACACAUAUAUAUUUGUGUGUGUGUGUGUGUGUGUGCAUAUAUAUAUAUAUAUAUAUAUAUAUAUAUAUAUAUAUAUAUAUAUAUAUAUAUAUAUAUAUAUAUAUAUAUUAUUUUUUUUAAUUUAUUUUUUAUUUUUUUCCGCCCAAAGCAACCCCCAAGUCAAAAAGUUUGGACACCCCUGUCGUAACGCAUUACAGCUUACUUAAUUCUUUGCUGGAUGCAACAAAUCCUUUUUGUUAGUACAAAAAAUCUUACUUUUAUAGUUCCUAAUGUUGGAGUUGGCUACAACUAUCAGGUAUUAAAUGUGAAUCUGUCCAUUAAAAUUAUUCUUUGUGACCUUAAA